UGGUGGUCUUUAGACAUGUGCUAGGACCUUGACUGUUACAUUUCUAAUUGUUGAAAAACAUAAAAAGUCAAAAGUCUUUUUUAAUCUUUUUGUAUCUGGGACAGUCUUUGGUUCCUGAUUUCAGUGGAUUUUUCAUCUUUUUUGGGCUUUUGUGUAUGAUUUAACAUAUUGCAUAGGAAGAUGUACGGUGGAGAUUGUCAAGUGAUGUCAAGCUUGAAUGGUGGUGGAACUGGAAUUUCUUCUGAAUCUAUUUUUCCUAACUUCAACUACAUGCCUUUCACUGAAUUUUCUUCCAUCAUGCCUAAAGAAGAGAUGGAUAACAUGGUGAGAUCAGGAAAAGAAGAAAUGGAAAGUGGCUCCGGAAGCGAUCAAAUCGAAGGAGGAAUGUCGGGAAACGAGGUGGACACCGAUCCACAACAGCCUCCUACGAAGAAGAAGCGUUAUCAUAGACACACGGCUCACCAGAUCCAAGAAAUGGAAGCGUUGUUUAAGGAAUGUCCACAUCCAGAUGAUAAGAGAAGAAUGAGAUUAAGCCAAGAACUUGGACUGAAGCCACGUCAAGUGAAAUUUUGGUUCCAAAACCGGCGUACCCAAAUGAAGGCACAACAAGACCGUUCGGAUAAUGCUAUUCUUAGAAACGAUAAUGAGAAUCUAAGAAACGAAAACAGUCGACUAGAAAAUGCAUUGCGUUCGCUUGUUUGCUCUAACUGCGGAGGGUCUUCGAUAUCUUUUGAUGAGCAACAACUUCGGAUGGAAAACGCUCGGCUCAAAGAGGAGUUGGAUCGUGUCUGCCUUAUGGCAAGUCAAUUCUGUGGUAGCAAUCCAAUGCAAACUCAAGGACAAAGUCAUUUACCUCCAAUGAUGACCGCUAACCUGGACUUGGAUAUGAAUAUGUAUCCUAGACCAUAUGAACAAGAUGGCAUGCCAAACUGCAAUGACAUUUUGCAGAUCAAUCCUUUAAUGGCACCUGAAGGUCCCAACUUUGCUGCUGCUAAUGGGUUAAUCAUCAUGGAUGAUGAAAAGCCUCUUGCAAUCCAAUAUGCACUAUCUUUCAUGGAUGAAGUUGUUAAGAUGUGCAGGAUUGGAGAACCACUUUGGACUCAGGUUAAUGAUGCUGGAAAAGAAGUGCUUAACUUUGAUGAACAUGCUAAGAUGUUCCCAAGUAUGGUUAGCAGGAAAAUUGAUUCGAAUGAGUUGCGAUAUGAAGCUUCUCGAGCUAGCUCAGUUGUGAUUAUUAAUAGUAUCACUCUGGUUGAUGCUUUUCUUGAUGCAGAUAAAUGGAUGGAGUUGUUUCCCUCAAUCAUCUCGCGUGCAAAAACGCUUCAAGUCAUCACUUCUGGUGUUAAUGGAACGCCGAAUGCUUCCCUGCAGCUAAUGUAUGCUGAACUGCAAAUGCUAUCUCCACUUGUGCCAACUAGAGAAAUUCAUUUCCUUCGUUAUUGUGCGCGAAAUUCAGACGAUGGAAGUUGGGCAAUCGUUGAUUUCCCACUAGAUAGCUUUCACGAGACUUUCCAGCCAUCGCUUACUAGAUACAAACGUCACCCCUCUGGUUGCAUUAUACAAGACAUGCCUAAUGGCUAUUCAAGGGUUACUUGGGUUGAGCAUGCUGAGGCUGAGAAUGAGCUGGUCCAUGGGAUCUUUACCGAUUAUGUUAGCAGUGGAAUGGCAUUUGGAGCUCGACGAUGGCUAGCUGUUUUACAACGCCAAUGCGAGAGGCUUGCAAGUCUUAUGGCCCGAAAUAUAUCCGACAUUGGAGCAAUACCAUCACCAGAAGCAAGAACAAAUUUGAUGAAUGUGGCUCAGAGGAUGGUAAGGAUGUUUUGCCUUCACAUCACUGGCUCGUGUGGGCAAUCAUGGACAGCCCUUUCGGAUUCAGUUGAGGAGACAGUUCGAAUAACGACUAGAAAAGUCACUGAACCAGGCCAGCCCAAUGGUUUGAUCCUGACAGCAGUAUCAACAACCUGGCUUCCUUAUCCUCACUAUCAAGUUUUUGAUCUUUUAAGGGAUGAACGUCGCCGAUCUCAGCUUGAUAUUCUCUCAAAUGGGAAUCCAUUGGAAGAGGUUGCUCACAUUGCAAAUGGCUCUCAUCCGGGAAAUUGUAUCUCCUUGCUUCGUGUGAAUGUGGCUAGUAACUCGUCACAGAAUGUUGAGCUCGUGCUACAGGAGAGCUGCACGGAUGACUCUGGCAGCCUCGUGGUGUACUCGACAGUCGAGGUUGAUGCCAUCAAACUUACAAUGAACGGUGGAGAUCCAUCAUGCAUCCCUCUCCUCCCUUUAGGGUUUGUCAUUAUCCCGUUGGGACAAAACCCUAACAGCAACAUCACCUCAACCUCCACCACCACCACCGCCGAAUCCGGAGGAGGAUGCCUAUUAACUGUGGGACUACAAGUGCUAGCCAACUCAAUGCCCACCGCGAAACUAAACCUCAUGAGUGCCAACACAGUCAACAACCACAUCCAAGCUACAAUGCAACAGAUCAUCACCACUCUUGGCGGGGUUGCCACCAAUAACAGCACUGGCGGUGGCAGCACCGCCAGUGUUGAUGAUGGCAACAAUGUUGGUAGCUUUGACGAGCCACCAACUACUAGGCCAUCCAAGAAAGUGGAUUCAAGCGCAACUUCCAAGGUUAAUUAAACUAUUAAUUAACCUAUAUAAAAAAAUACUAUUAUAUAUGCUUUUUCUUCUUAUUUUUGAGCAAACUUAAAACUUCAUGGGCAUGCAUGAGUGUGGUUUGUGUAGGGUAGGGUUAAAAGGGUAGUAAUGUCUUUAACUUACAUGACAUUAUGAUGGUUCUGAAGGGUCAGAGUGUAAUGAAGAGAGGUGGUUGGUAGUUAAGAGAGUGAGUCUGCAACAUCAAUCAAUGGAAGAUGGUGGGGAAGAGAGUGCAUAUUAACGAGGGUAGUCAAGAGCGCACCAGAUAAGUUUCUUGGUUCGGGAAUUGACUUUCUUCGCCUUUUGUAUUUCGUAACCCCCACCCCCCUUUGAAAUUAUGUCGGAAAUUUGUCCAUUUCCAUUGCUUUGAGAAUGUUGGUUGACUUUAUUAUAAUAUAUAUAAGUUUAUAUAGUUUA